AUGAGCAGAGCACACCCGCCCAAGCUAAAAAAAUUUAUGGACAAAAAGCUAUCAUUGAAAUUAAAUGGUGGGAGGCACAUCCAAGGAAUAUUGUGGGGGUUUGAUCCAUUUAUGAAUCUUGUGAUUGACGAGUGUGUAGAGAUGGUACCAGGUAGCCAACAGAACAAUAUUGGAAUGGUGGUGAUCCGAGGAAACAGUAUCAUUUUGUUAGAAGCCUUAGAACAAGUAUAA